AUGUUUUCACCACGUGGAUAUGCUACAAAUCUCAGUGAUGUUCAUGUUGAUUUGCCUGAGAGUUAUAAUUUCUUAGAAGCAUACCCUCAUUGCGAUUUCGGCCCUUUAACUCAAGAAUGCGGCUGUUGUUAUGCAUAUGGUGCUCUUAAGGCCAUGAGUCAUAGAUUUUGUCGUGCAACAGAAAAGCAAUUACUCUUAUCAGCCCAAUAUAUCGUUGCAUGUGAUAUUGCUGAUAAUGGAUGCGUAGGUGGAUGUGAAAGAAGUGUUUUCUAUUUCAUGGAACAGCAUGGAUUAACUGAUUAUAAAUGCCAUCCAUUCCAAAACAGACAAGAAUACGGAAUUAAAUUCUGUUCUCAAUGCUCAACAAGCGAAAAAUUUAAAUUAUACAAAUCAGUUUAUGGAAGUACUACUCGUUACGUUGGUGUUGAAGCAAUUAAAAAAGCAGUUUAUUUAUACGGUCCUGUUAGCGCUUCUAUUGCAACAGAUAGUGGUUUUGUCAACUACCAUGGUGGAAUCUACGAAUCUAGCUAUAAAGGAUAUAUCGAAGCUGGAAAUCACGCUGUCGAAUUAAUUGGAUGGGGAAAGGAAAAUGGUGUUGAAUACUGGAUCCUUCUCAACCAGCAUGGUAAGAAUUGGGGUAUUAACGGAACAAUGCACAUUAAAAUGGGCUCAAAUGAAGGAUUAAUCGAAAGCUUUAUUUAUGGAGCUACGCCAUUAAUUGAAUAG